UUGCGCCCACGUGAUGUCAGUAAAAAUACCCUCAUGGAGAAAACACUUUUUUGCGAAAGGUUUACACAAAAAGUUUGACACGGAUAGACAGAUCUUAUAGGUCAACGGACACGUGGGCAGGACUACCGUGUGAAAAACUAGCAGCUUAUUUCGGGGAGUUUCGUAAACCAUCAAUCAAAAUCCAUUUACACAACUGAAACGGGUUUUAAGGUAUAUAGAUAGACAGCUGGUUCGCCAGUCGCCCUUCUUGGGAGCAAACAGAUUUGACAACUUGUUGUGUAUUUUGUCUUACGAACGCCGUGGAAAUUCACAAUGCAGGCUGCCAAAGUUUUCGUCUUGUGUUCUCUGCAGUCUCUGACACACCGAUGGAAUUCAUGGUGGAUUUCUUAACCAAAGCCAAGGAGAUAGCAGAUAGCAAUGCCAACAUUCCAGAGGAACUGAGGGUCAACCUACAGAAGGCCCUGGACAUAGCGUGUGGUCUAGACGGCUACCUGGAGAAAAUGAGUAGCCAGGAAAGUGCACCUCUUGCUGAGCUGUAUAAGAAAACAAUGGAACACAACUGGGAUAAAGUAUUCGAGGAGGGCAAGACUCAGUUUCGGCUUCCAAAAGAGUGCAUCACUGGGCUUGUGGAAGGCCAGACUCUGAAAAUGCUGGUCCACAUGAGUAAAGCCAAGAGGAUCCUAGAGAUAGGCAUGUUCACAGGGUAUGGUGCACUCUCAAUGGCUGAAGGACUGCCCCAGGAUGGUUCACUUGUUGCCUGUGAGCUUGAGCAAUAUCUUAAAGAAUUUGCUAAGCCCAUAUUUGACAGGUCUCCACAUGGCAAGAAGAUAACGGUGAAGAUUGGUUCUGCCAUGGAUAGCUUGAAGGAAUUGGCUGCGGCAGGUGAGCAGUUUGACAUGGUCUUCAUCGACGCAGACAAGAACAACUACAUCAACUACUACAAGUUGAUUCUGGACCAUAACCUCCUACGGCUGAGUGGUGUGAUAUGUGUGGAUAACUCUCUGUUUAAGGCUAAGGUCUACCUAGAGGACACCGCUGAUGAAAACGCACUGGCACUUCGGGAUUUUAACCAGUUUGUGAUGAGUGAUCCUCGUGUGGAGCAGGUCAUUGUCCCUCUCAGAGAUGGCAUCAGCAUCAUCCGCAGAGUACCUAUGUCAACAGCAUGUGCAGGCACACAGAGCAAGAUAACAGACGAUGAGGUAUUCCGGGGUUUGAACGGGAGGUCGAUCCUGGACCGGAUGCGUCUGGACGGCAGGGUGGCCUAUGUGACAGGGGCAGGCCAGGGUAUAGGCAGGGCGUUCGCACAUGCCCUGGGAGAGGCUGGGGCCAAAGUGGCUGUGGUAGACCUGGAACAAGGGAAGGCUGAGGGCGUGGCAGAGGAGCUCACACUGAAAGGGAUAAAUUGCAUUGCGAUUACUGCUGACAUCAGCAAAUCGGUGGAUGUUGAGAGGAUGAUUGACAGCAUUGUGUCCAAAUGGGGAGCGAUCCAAAUAGCAUGCAACAACGCAGGGAUCAACAUGAACUCAGCCAGUGAAGACACCAGUCUGGAAGAGUGGGACCAAACCUUUGAUGUCAACUUGAGGGGGACCUUCAUGUGUUGUCAGGCUGCAGGUCGUGUGAUGCUGAAGCAAGGAUAUGGGAAGAUUAUUAACACAGCAUCCAUGGCCAGUCUAAUAGUGCCCCAUCCACAGAAGCAGCUUGCCUACAACACCUCAAAGGCAGGAGUGGUCAAACUGACACAGACACUUGGCACAGAGUGGAUCGACAGAGGGGUCCGUGUUAACUGCAUCUCACCGGGGAUUGUUGACACCCCUCUCAUCCACUCGGAGAGUUUGAGGCCUCUGGUGAAGCGCUGGCUGUCAGAUAUCCCUGCUGGACGACUGGCUCUAGUGACAGACCUGCAAGCUGCAGUGGUCUACUUGGCAUCUGACGCCUCCGACUACAUGACAGGGCAUAACUUAGUCAUAGACGGUGGGCAAAGUCUGUGGUAGAGAGGGGGAGAAGCUUCAUAUUUUCCACUCUUGGAACCACAGUUGUCUGGUGGCACCUUAAUUGGGGAGGACGGCUCAUAAUAAUGGCUGGAACAGAAUAAAUGGAAUGAUAUCAAGCACUUGGUUUCUAUGUGUUUGAUUUCACUCGAUUCCAGCCAUUAUUAUGAGCCGUCCUCCCCUCAUCAGCCUCCUGUGGCACCCACUGUGACUGAUCUCCACAGGGAGAAUUGGAUAACAUAGAGAGAUUAGGUCAGACUGAUUACCUCACUGGUUUACCAUUAUCUAUGUCAGAUUGGAGAUUAUUUUAGUUUCAUACAGUACUGUUCACAUAAAAGGGACAUUUAUUUAGACACAAUUGUGCUUUUAUAUCUCUGUUAAUUUUCUUGACAGAAAUGCACACUUUGUUGCCAUCCUUUGUAUGCUGAUCAUAUCCCUUCUACAUGGUGCUAUCCUUUGGACAUCUGUGUUUUUAUACAGAAACAUUUUUCACGCUGGUAUCUGUGAGUGACUCUUAUAUAGAAGUAUUGACACCAUUGGCCCCGUCAGAGGUAUUUGUUUCAUAAGUGCAAAGUACUUGAAUAGGGUUCAUAGUUCAAGAUUUUAAUACACUGAAUGCAUGCUGCUUUCUACUGUGCAAGUACAGUACAUACUGGAUAUUAGAUUGCAAAAGAUGGGUUGGGCAUAGUAGACAGUACUGAGAUGUGUAUGACAAGAUGCUAUCUGUUUCUCAAAUAAACACUAUCAAAACUAA